AUACAAUAUGGUCUGAUUGACCUCCGUACGGAGUGCGACGACUCGAAAUCAAGCCACCACAAGUUCGCCGGUCCAUUGGCUAUUGGCUCGUCAAAGGCAAGUCCGCUGAGGAAGGAAAAGACGGUUAACUCGCUUAAUUUGACGUGAAAAAAAAAUAAUAAAAUACGUUUCUUUAUCUUUAGUUUUUGUUUAGGGCAUUAGAGAUUUAUAAAUAACACCGCAAAGCAGAAGCAGAAGCAGAAGCAGAAGCAGAGCUCUCUCAUCGACUACUAAUACUAAUUAAUUUAGAGAUGACGUCAUCAUUCCUGCUGGCGUUGGUGUGCGCCGCCGCGGUGGCUCUGGCGGCUGCGCCGGCGGUCGUGCCGCAGAACUCGCCUCAGGACUACGUGAACGCCCACAACACGGCGCGCGCGAACGUCGGCGAGGGACUGCCGCCGGUGUCGUGGGACAGGCGCGUGGCGAGGUACGCGCAGGACUACGCGAACCAGCGGGCCAGGGACUGCCAGCUGGUGCACUCAGGCGGGCCCUACGGCGAGAACAUCUUCUGGGGAUCCGGCCGCGACUACACUGCGGCGGACGCCGUGAGGGCCUGGGUGGCGGAGCGGCGGUACUACGACUACUACAGCAACACCUGCGCCACCGGUCAGGUGUGCGGCCACUACACGCAAGUGGUGUGGCGGUCGUCGACGGUGAUCGGCUGCGGACGCGUCCUGUGCAACAGCGGCGCCAUCUUCAUCAUCUGCAACUACGAUCCCCCCGGCAACGUCGACGGCGAAAGACCGUAUAAUUACAAUAAUAAUGAUGAAUACUUAAUAAGAAUAAAUAAGGCCUAGAAAUAAUUAAGAAUAAAUAAUAUGUUUGUGUGUUUUCUGGCCACGAAAUGAAAUAAGAUUAGAAGUGAUGAAAU